AUGUCGACCACCAAGUCUGUGAUAAGAUCCAUCAAGAACGUGGCCAACGGGUACUCGUCGGUCCAGGUGAUGGUGAGAAACGCCACCAGCAAUGACCCGACAGGCCCCACCACGGCCCAGAUGGCAGACGUUGCCAACCACACGUACGAGAGCGGAGAGUUCCUGGAGGUGAUGGACAUGGUGGACCGCCGGCUCAAUGACAAGGGCAAGAACUGGCGGCACGUGGCCAAGUCGCUGACGCUGUUGGACUAUCUUGUGCGGUUUGGAUCGGAGGACGUUGUGUUAUGGGCAAAGGAGAACCUCUACAUCAUCAAGACCCUGAGAGAGUUCCAGGUGAACGAUUUGACCGGAACCGACCAGGGAGCCAUUAUCCGGGUCAAGGCCAAGGAACUGACUUCUUUGUUGCGCGACGAUGAAAGACUGAACCAGGAAAGAGAGCUUGCUCGGCAAAAGAUGAUCGAUAGACGGUCCAGGAAGAACAACCGGUUGUCGCCGGACGAGGACGAGUACGACGAGGCGUUGCAGAAGGCUCUUGAAGAGAGCAGAAUGACCGCCGAGGAAGAGGAACGCAGACGCAGAAACCAGAGCGACGACAGUCUGGACAGGGCCAUCCAACUCAGCCUCGAAGAGGAAGAGAUGCGCAAACGCAACAACAACUUGCUGGACUUGGACGAUGACUCCUCCGCCCAGCCCCCAACCAUGUACGGAUACUAUCCGCAGGGCCAGGACAUGGGCCAGAUCGUCGGCUACGACAUGUACGGCAACCCUGUGUAUGCCAACCAGCAGAUGAACACCGGUUAUUUGCAGAACGCCUACCAGGACAUGGCCAUGCAGCAGCAAUUGUACCAACAGCAGCUCUAUCAGCAGCAACUUGCUCAGCAGCAGCAGGCCCAGGCCCAACAACAGGCUCAGGCCGCUUAUCAGCAGCAGCUUCUUUUGCAACAGCAGCAGCAACAGCUCGCCCAACAGCAACAGCAGGUGCCGCUCAAAACAGGCUCCAACAAUCCGUUUGCCCACGUCCAGCAGUCCUCGUCCGCGCAGGCUGCCCCGGCUGCUGCUGCGGAGCCACCUAAACCGCAGGAGCCGCUCAGACAGACUCCUACGGGAAUCCAAAAGAUGAACGAACAGUACUCGAAACUCAACAAUCUACUUGCUACCGGAACAGGCAUCGACACCUUCGGAAACGUUGGAGAAACCAGAAUCCCGGCCCAACAUACAAAAACGGGCACUUUUGUCAACUCCUACGGAACAGGGUUCAAGCAAGAAACAGGCACCCCUUCGGCCAAUCCUUUCUUCGACACUCAAUAUACAGGGAUCCCGUCCACUGGCAUCACUCCAGCAUAUACAGGGUACGGGUUUGGCAACCAGCAGCCUCAAAAAGCCAACUCCAACGCCAACGGGGCCAGCUUGAUCGACCUCUAG